GGCCCGACGCGCAGCCAGCCAGCCGGCAGCAGGCGGGGUCCCUCGCCCGCCCGCGCUGACGUCAGGAAACUUUCUGGGCGGCUGAGGCGGGAGCCGGGCGCCGAGGCAGCGGGCCGCCUCCAUCCUCUGCAGGUUAAAGUGUGUGGGGAGGAAAACCAACCGAACCCAGAAACGGUUGAGUAGAUACACUUUCAACAUGAACCGUGCUUUUAGCAGGAAGAAAGACAAAACAUGGAUGCACACUCCUGAAGCCUUAUCAAAGCAUUAUAUUCCCUAUAAUGCAAAGUUUCUUGGCAGUACAGAAGUGGAGCAGCCCAAAGGCACAGAAGUUGUAAGAGAUGCUGUUAGAAAGUUAAAGUUUGCAAGACAUAUCAAGAAAUCUGAAGGCCAGAAGACCCCUAAAGUUGAGUUACAAAUCUCAAUCUAUGGCGUAAAAAUCCUAGAUCCAAAAACAAAGGAAGUUCAACACAACUGCCAACUCCAUAGGAUAUCAUUUUGUGCUGAUGAUAAAACUGACAAGAGGAUAUUUACUUUCAUAUGCAAAGACUCAGAAUCAAAUAAGCAUCUGUGCUAUGUAUUUGACAGUGAAAAGUGUGCCGAAGAGAUAACUUUAACAAUUGGUCAAGCAUUUGACUUAGCUUACAGGAAAUUUCUGGAAUCUGGAGGAAAAGAUGUUGAGACAAGAAAACAGAUCGCAGGUUUACAGAAAAGAAUUCAAGAAUUGGAAACUGAAAACACAGAACUGAAGAAUAAAGUUCAAGACUUGGAAAACCAGUUAAGAAUAACACAAGUACAUGCACCUCCGGCAGGCUGUGUGACACCUAAAUCACCCUCCACUGACAUCUUUGAUAUGGUUCCCUUUUCUCCCAUAUCCCCUCAGUCAUCAACACCUACUCGCAAUGGUACACAGCCUCCACCAGUACCCAGUAGAUCUGCAGAGAUCAAGAGAGACCUUUUUGGAGCAGAACCUUUUGACCCUUUUAGCUGCGGAGCAGGAGAUUUCCCUCCAGACAUUCAGUCCAAACUAGAUGAGAUGCAGUCCAACCUCGGCUGAUCUUUUUGGAGAACUCAAAAUCAAAACUCCGACAUGUGCUGAGAUCCGAAUUUUACAGCUCAGACAUCUCUCUGAAGACUCUCCAACCUCCUGUUUCCUCCACCCUUAUGCUGAAACAUAUUUUCAUCUUUUCUAUUUUGACUGCAUCCAAACAUUAAUAAAAUGAAUCUAUUUUCCCAGAAAUCUUGCAGUGAGAUGAAGUUUCCCUGGAUCUUGAAACAUACUAGCAACAGCUGCUAUGAUUUAUUAAAAUCUCAAGGUAGUUAAUAUUAUAAAUCCUGCAGGAUCUGCAGACCAUUGUCCCUGCACGGCCCAGCAUAGUCAGGAUGGUUGUCUUAUUUCCAUCCGAAAUAAGUUAUGCUAAGCCCUCUAAAUUAUCUUCUCAAUACAUGUUGAUUUAUCAUUGGUUCACUGAGUUUGUGCUGACUUAAGCUCAUUGAGUGAAGUCAGGUGGUGAAGGGAUAAACAAUCCAACCUCAGACAGAGCCAUACGGGUUGACUUUGGCAGAUUUACCUUGUGAUAAAAUUGAAAUAGUUUGUCUUUUACUGCUUGUUGAUUUAAAAUGGAAGAUCAAAAAAGAAAGAAAAAAAAAAAAACUGGGAACUUUGGAAGAUGGGAUGUUUUCAGUUUACUUUUUAUAUUGGAAAUAAGCUUAGCAUCUCUAGGAGACCCAUCACAUGUCAGUACAAUAUUGUUAUUUUUCUGAGUAACUAAGAUGUUCAAUGCUUGUGUUAAGUCAUCUUGGAAGUAAAAAAGCACUGUCAUCAUGGAGAUAUGAGCACAUAAGCAAAUCACAAUAUAAAUGUACAUUUUAUAGCUCUUCAUGUUCCAUUUCCUGUCCAGUAUCAGGGAUGGUCUUUGUCUGCAUUCCUUGAAUAUCAGCCGAUUGGAGACAUUUUCUGACCAAAUGUUACAGUUUCCUGAGCCCUGACGGUACAAAAAGCUGUGGUGCAUAUGCUUUUUAAUGAAAGGACAAUGUGCUAUGCUAAGAACACAUUAUGAUAAGCUGAAAUGUUUGAAUUUAAUAUUUAAAAUACCGGGUAUUAAAAUUGAUGAUACAUAGCAUGCAACGCAUACCAACUACUGACUAUAUGUCAUUCUUAAGAAAAAAUAUUCUGCCUAAAACAUUAAUCCAGUUUAAUAGAAAAGGAUAAAAAUAAAACAUAAAUUGUAAUUAAUUACUCAGCCAUUCCAACUGACAUCAUUAUUAUUACAGCUGUGAAUGCUGGGUUUUGGUGUGGAGAGUAGAAGGUAGGCAUAAACUGGACAUUAUAAUAAGCAUAUGGCAGCUUCAAGUAGGAACCAUCAGAAAUGAGAGAAGUGCGCAUAAAGGAAGUGCAGUAAUGACAGCUGACAUAAAGCUGUAAGCAUUCUGUUAUGUGUUCUCUUACCUGCCUUCAUCACAGUUCAGCUGUGUCUGGACAUAAAGGAGAAUCUUUUCAUAAAAAUUUGUUAUCUUACAGCUUGGCUGACAACAACUGAUUGGAUUAUUUUAUAUUGUUACAAUUAUCAUGUAUUUUCUGAAGUAUAGUUUUGCAGAUUGCAGAAUUAUUGAAGAAUUUGGAGCUAGCUGGCAAAAAAUUGUGGGGCUGGGAAUGGAGAUGGCUGUAGGAGAUCUGAAGUUUAUGCUUUCUUAAUCUUUAGGAAUUUGAUUGCAAUUCCUGUGCCAAAGAGUCUGCUGGAGUAGCAUGUUUUGAAGUUUUCCCUUUUUGAAUGCCACAUUUAAUAGGGGUAUUGAUUGAGACAGUACAGCUUUCUUUGAGUGUCGUGGCUUAUAAUCCUUCAGACUUCUUUUCCUCUACCUCAAAUACUCAAAAACACAAACAAAAAGAAAAAACACCCGGAUUUUUUUAAUUCUGCAAAAUGCCCCAGUGGCUCUCCACGUUGCCCUGAUGUCCUGCUUGUGUUUUUUUUUGACCCUGUGAUUGCCAUGAAAGAUGGACCUGCUAGCUACUGUUGAAUCCGAUCCUGUGAGUUCUGUGUGAUAUAAUAGGUGGACAUCAUACGCAUCCCCUCUGGUCAGUAUAACAAUGAGAUGAGUACACAUCCAAAAAGUGCAGAUCUGAUUUGCUCCUGGCUGGCCAGAAAAACAGCAUUGGACAUACAGCUAUGUAAGACAUUAACAAGCAGUUCUGAAGUGUAUAAGGGAAAGAUAGGAGCAUGCAGAACAUGAACAGGAUGAGUGCUGGGUCAUAGGUCUGGCAGAGCUUUGAAAGAGCUCCCAGCAGAGAUACAAAUGACGUUGUGUCCUCGUUAAACCAGUUGUCAUAGCUCUUCUACUAUUAUAGCUGCAUCAGGAAUCUUCAGGUUGAAGCAUAAACUAUCCCUUUUACAACUUCAAAACUGGAAACUGCCUUUAAAUACUUAAAAAGAUUAGAGUUCCAUACGCACUGGAACUUAGUCAUAUAUUAUUCAGCAAAUUGAACUGUUGAGCUAAGCCUAGGACUGGUGCACCUGUGUAAGUAGUCGUCUUCUGAAUGCUGUUACAUCAAGAAACUGCAUCCUUUGGGUAAAUAACCAAUGUCUCAUUUAUAAUAGAAUUCUGGCUUGGAACUUCACACUCUGUAUGCUUGAAAUAUCUUUUCCACUGAAUGCUCCUUCUGUUAGCUUGUUGAAAAGUACAGAAGGGAAGGGAAGAAAGUCAAAUAUGCUAGUAUUGUCUACGUCAUGUCAACCUGGUUAGACAAACCUGGCAUCUCAGCUGGAGAAGGCUUACAACCCAGUAACGCUCCUAGCUCACUAUCUCAUAGUAUGAGUAUUAGGAAAAUGCAGACUUUGCCUGAAAAAUCUCAGAUCAUUUAGUAAUCAUCUCCGGGAAGUUUAUUGAAUUUUUCAGCAUUGCAGAUGGCAGUUUCUCGUAGGGUUAUUAAAUAUUCAAACUCUUAAAAUCUAGCCUGGGGGUUACAUUUGUUUGAAAUGAAGCUGGUUUGACUUGUGAUUGAUCUUUUAAAGCCAAAAGGUAUACUCCUGAGGUACUCCUAUGCAUUAUGAGAAAAGUCUCGAGUUUCUGCCAAGUCCCAAUGCAGACUACCUUACAAGAAGAUUUAGUUUGUUUACAAGAUGCUUGCUUUAUAAAAGCACAUAGUAUUGAUUUCAUAGCACGUAAUCAACAUUCUCCAAAUGAACUAACUGUAGGCUCAGAGACCACUGAGAUGAGCAGUGUGACAGGUGCCACUGGAGUUGAUGUUUUUGUGGCAUUUUUGUUCAGAGCCCUUGUUUCCAACUGCUUACAGCUUGACAAUACUUGCACCUAACAAACUGAAUGUUUCUAGAUUCAGAGGUGACUUUUCAUUUGACAGUCAGGCCAUAAAUGUUCAGCUUCUUUUAACAAGAGAAAGAUAAAUGAAAACGAGCAUUUUCCCUGCAUUAAAAGUGCUUCUGUUACUCUGGUGCAAGCUAGGUGUGUUUUGUAAACCAAAUGUGGGUACUUAUGGAAAUGAUUCUUUUCAAUGCAGAGAGCAGUAGAAUCUAGCUUAUUGUGGUGUUUCUACCAACAGAAUAUGAGAAACUUUGAAUUUAACUCCUUAAGAAUUUAUUUGCUCCUUCUAAAUCAUUGUAUUUUGAUACUGCUGAGUGUUUCAUGCAUUUGAAAUUAAUCCUUCAAUCAUUCACAAUAAAACAGGUAUGAUUCUGUUUACAUUUUAGUGAAGUACAGAUGACCAUAGGCUGUAAAACAUAACACCUCUCAGUGUAACUGCGCAGUGAAUGAUUCAGAACAAACCUCUGAGAUUUUGCUGGACACCACUACAUUUAUUAUUAGACUACUUCUAAUAUAAGGGAUUGCUGAAUGGACAAGACAUCUGGUAUUCAUAGCAAUGUCCAUGACUUAGAUCUCUGUAAAGUGUAAAUAUAAUAAACUUUUUUCUCAUACAGCAAUCUGAUCUUUCCUGCUUAUAAAUUGUGCUGAAUUUUGCUCACGUUCAAUAUGAUUCAAAUGAAAUUUAUUUUUCUAUCAACUUGUGCAUAUGAAUAGUCAAUAUCUUUAUUCUAAUAAUACUUUAUAUACGCACAGUAUUUCCUAGAGUGAAGUCCUUGUAUAAGUUAAUGGCUAAGAGAAAGUUAAGAAAAGUAACUGACCAAAUAGUGUAAAUGUGAAUUAUCCUGUGAAGCAUCCUUUUGAAAAGCUUUAGCUAAUUACCCAGAAUAUGAGCUAAAAAUAAGCUGGAAUUUAGAUAUUUAUAGAGAAAAUAAUCCUCUAGAAAUUACUUCUUCUUUUAUUAACAAUGUCUUGUUUCAUUGCAGGAGGGGUUCAAAAUGGGAUUAACUCUUGAAGGCACAGUAUUUUGUCUUGACCCACUAGACAGCAGAUGCUGAUGCCAAGAAACUAAAUGUGAAAUUCUUACACAGUGUUUUUUAAUUCUGAACAUGUAUUCACAAAUAUUAUCCAUGUGCCAAAAUAUGCAUUUUUCAACAUGAGAACUCAUAUGAGGUUUGCUUCUGUAAAAAUCCGACUUAGCUCCAGUCCUUCCCUGUACAAAUGUAUAAAGUUGUAUUUGUUUAUGAAAUAUGAAUUAAAUUACGCUGUUGUUUCUUCCUCUCAUACUUUGGCCUAAGUUUACUAUGCUUUACUACUCUUAGCAUGGAAAAGUUCUUCAGAAAGCUCACACAUACCUCUAUGCAGAGAUGCAAGCAUGAUUUUUACAUAAUGCUUUACUUGGCACUAUUUUGAAAGGAAGCUUUUAAGCCAUUAUUUCAAGUUCCAUCAGUAAAAUGAUUAAUUGCAGUUGCAAUGAAAAAGCAGAAAAUACUAGCCAUUAAUAUAUGAAAUAUAUGCUUAAAAGAAAUUGGAAUGCUGUGUAAUUAAUUUCUAUUACUGUGUACAGUUAUUACACUAUAUCUGUUGUUAUUAGUUUAUAAAAUCCAGAAGAUUUUUAGGUCAUUAAAUCAUAUUUUAGAAGCUAACAAAUUGUUAGUGUGUUAAUUAGCGCUUAAUGACCAUAGAAGAGCUGCUAAAUUGCAGAAAUGUCAAAGCACCUACCCUCUGUUUUAUAUUAUAGAUGAACAAUAAAGUGUAUCAUUUGGAAUUCAUUACAAAACAAAAUUCAUAACAAAAAUUUGAACAUAAAGAUUAUGAUCUUGCUUUUACUUAGGGAUUUACGUACACUCGUGCAAAAGCAAGCACUCUGUUUACAGAGGUUAAUUCUGUGACCUACUUUCAACACCUGACCGUUCACAGUUGGGCUGUUGAACAUUGUUUUCAUGGUCUCCUUUGAUGUUAUAUGUCUUAACAUUAGUUUUAAACUUGCUGCAAGAUUUCAGGAUGUUAGUAAGUCCUUCAUACUCACCAGUUUUUCAUGUUACACAAACAACUGCACACCAAAACUUUCAGCUGCUAACGAGUUUAACGCUGACCCUUCUAUGCAUACUCUUCACUAAUCUUCAGCACAAGCAAUAAAAUAAUAUCCUGAGCAUAUCUCAGAAAAGUAUUAUCAUUACUCUUUCAAUGCCUAAACUACGCAUUAGUUCAGUUUAAUCCUCUUAAAAACUCUCUUAUUCUCCCUUUAAAACAUAAAGAUGUAGAUUAAAAAAAAUAAUAAUAAGAGGUUUUUGAAUAUUUUUUCUUGUUUUCCAGAGAGGCUUUUUGUGAUAAUUAUCGUUUUGUCCUCAAGGUUUACAGUUCACACAACAAUGUAUUUUGCAAAUUUGUCAAAGUAUGUAUAUUUUUAUGCCCCCUUCAACAAAGUACUUCAAAAAGGCCUUCAAAAGUCUGCUGAAAAGAAUGAUGUUAUUCCUUUGCUGAGUUUGACUCAUGCUCAUGUACCCUGCUGAAUGGGGACCCCAAUGUUCUGCAUUGCAGUAGUCUUCCUCUCUAUAAUUCUUUGUUGAAUAUUCAUAUAGAGUAUUAUAUAUAUUAAAAUAUAUAUAUAUAAUCACUAACAAAUAGAAUAGUAUGUUUCAUAAAGAAAAGUCUUUAUAAUUUUUUUUGUCAUAUAGUAUUUUGGAAUUUGUAUAAUGAGGAUGUUUAGUAGCCAUAGCAAUGGCCUUUUUUAACAAAUAGAAUUUGUAUUUUUAUUGUACUUGAAAAAGCUUUACAUAAUAAGCAUAUAUUUAGUGGUCAUUUAUUAUCAAUCAUAACACCAAGAUAAAUAAUAUUUGCACAUUUUAAGAAAUGUUUUUCUUUACCGAUUUUUAUGAUAGUUGAAUGCAAAUAGCAUGAUUAAAUAUUGCAUAACUGGUCAAUCCAUGCAAAAACACUUAACACAGCACGGCAUUUUUAAUGAAAAGGUUGUGUGAUCCAAUUGGAAACUGUAUUUCUAUGUAAAUUCAAAUGUCAGUUUAAUUUUGUCUAAAAUAAAUGUUUUUAAAUAAAUUGCAUCCUGGAACACAA